AUGGUGGUCAAUUGGUGGCGGGAGACGUCCGCGUCACUGGCGGAUCGGGUGACGGUGCGCAGGUCUUCCGGCGCUGCUGGGCUCGGGUUGUUCGCGGAGGGUGAUGGUUGCUCGCGAGGGCCAGAUAAGGUGAUUCUGAGGAUCCCCCGGGGCAGUACUUUUGAUAUUCAUAGUGUCGACGCGAUGAUUGGGACCGAGGCAGAGUAUGUCCACGGGGGUGGGGUGUCCCUUGCCCUGUUCCAGCGGUUCUCAAAGGACUGCUGGUCAAGUUUCAGUGCAGCGGAGCAUUUGCAAGGAUUACUUACUGAGACGGUGAUUCUCACCUUCCAUUUCGUCACUCUGUGCGUGGGCGAGCGGGACGGGUUAGAGAUCCCACUACGGUUGUCUCGGUACCUUAACGAGGUGCUUUUGGCGACAACCGUGGACAACCCGGUGGUACACCCGCUGUGUUUCGCGAAACGGUAUAGGUUCCACUCCCGCUUUCAAGUGUACGACUCGCUAGUGUGCCAACUUUGCCGGUUGUUCUCACGUCCAGCGGGGCCAUUAGAACCUUCAGUCAGACAGAUCGCCGCGGCGGUUAUGUCCAGGUGUCUUGAAAUACCGGAGCAGGACGAGCACGGUGACUACACUCUAAACACGACGUUAGUGCCCCUGCUGGACUACGCGAACCACAGUGCGGAGCCGAACGCCCGGUUCGACGCAGACGCUGCAGAUGUCGUGUUGAAGUUGGACCCGAUGGUAGCUGAACCAACGGAGGUGCUUAUCUCGUACAACGACACCGUAGAAGUGCUCGACUUCGUGCUGACUUACGGGUUUGUGCCGCAGGCGGCAACACACUUCAACUUCACCAUCGAUAGAGACUGGCUGCUACUCAACCACAGGGACAUGUACAGGUUCUGUAAGUGGUUCCACAUAAAUUUGAGCUUCCAAGCGGUGCGGAACACGGAGGGGUGGUGUCUGUCCCCUGCAAAUCUGGUGGCCCUAAACCUCUGGUUCACGCUGGGGAGCAAGCUUGUUUACGAAGAGGUGGGACUGUCCACCAUUGACGAUACGACCUCCGACUUUGUUCACUACUAG